AUGAAGAUAAGGAAGGGGAAAUUCAAAACGAAUGAGAGGGACUACAAUUAUGGCGAACCAUUCGAAAGCUACGUGUACUCCAAAGAAGUAAGCAAUGAUGUGAAAAGCUCGUUAAUCGAAGGAGAAAAACUCUCCAACAGAUUUCGAAACAGAGGAUUGACCAGGGACAAGAGGGCAACGGUGAAUACCGUGCUAGAUAAUAGAACGCUACUUAUUUUAAAAAAACUCAAAGAUAAUUUGCUAAACGAGAUAUAUGGUGUGGUCAGUUCGGGGAAGGAGGCCUAUGUCUUCAAUUCGCAUAAGUACCUGAGUGAAGAGGAGCUCAGGGGAGUCAAGGAGUUGCUGCUCAGGCGGAGACAUAGGGGGUGCGACGAUCAGCACAGCGACGAUCAGCAUAGCGACGAUCAGCAUAGCGACGAUCAGCAUAGCGACGAUCAGCAUAGCGACGAUCAGCAUAGCGAUUAUCAACAUAGCGAUCAUCAACAUAGCGAUCAUCAACAUAGCGAUCAUCAACAUAGCGAUCAUCAACAUAGCGAUCAUCAACAUAGCGAUCAUCAACAUAGCGAUCAUCAACAUAGCGAUCAUCAACCUAGCGAUUAUCAACAUAGUGACGAUCACCAUAGCGAUGUUCAACGUAAUGACGAUCAGCACGACGCAGGUCUCCCUGACGGGGACGGCGCGCGCAGGUGCGUCCGCUUCGCGCAGGAAAGCCUGUACAAGGUGUAUCACCUGACCAGGCACUUAGAUGAAGUGGGGGCAGAAAAAAGGGAAGAAGCAGAGGAUGCAAAGAAUGCGAAGGAUGCGGAGGAUUUGAAGCAUGCGGAAGAAGACGAAGCAGGGGGAAAAAACGCAGCGAAUCAGGAAGGCCGUCCGAACCUUCGAGGCGGGCUGGACGAGACCUACGACAUAAUUGACCAAAUGAGCGAAAUGACUGCAGAGGUGGAUGAGCAGGAUUGGAACCCUUUCCAAAACAAGAAGAAGAAGGUAGCCAUAUCCUUUGCAACGAAGGUUUAUAACACCUCCGUGCUCGUGUUUAAGAAGAGGUCCCAAUACAUCGAAGGAGAGUUCCGAUUCAGAAAUGCCUACACCAAAAAUACCAACCCAAGGAAAAUGGUCAAGCAGUGGUCAGAAAAAGAGUUCCGAAAUUUAAGACGAAUAUUAAUAUGUGGAUUGAGAUGUCCCUAUCCUUUGGUCCUAAAAAGUAACGUCAUUGUGAUGAGUAUGUUAGGUAGCCUAGACACUGCUUGCCCCAAAAUGAAGGACCUAAAUUUGAGCCCCUUAAAAUGGAAGGAGCUAUACAUUGAGUGUAUAUGCAUUUUGAGACAACUUUUCUGCAACUGUAAACUUGUCCAUGCAGAUUUUUCAGAAUAUAAUCUGCUUUACUUUUAUAAUCAUAUCUACAUCAUCGAUGUGUCUCAGUCCAUGGAACACGACCACCCCUACUCCCUGGAGUUCCUAAAGAGAGAUUGCGUAAAUGUUACCAAUUUCUUUAAGAAGAGAAUCGGCACCCUUCAAAAUGAUAUGCAGGAGAGCCUUGGUCAGCUGAACGGGAUGCUCCAGGGAGCUAAGAUUAACCAGGAGGUCGCCUUAAGGAGUCGCUGCGGGGUCAGAGGCGAGGACGCUUCUUCGGACAUCACUAACGGCGCGAAUUAUACCAACUGUGAGAAUGGGCCCCCGCAGGACAAGGGCAAAAACUCAAGGGACACCAAGUCGAGCGAACCCUUCUACAGCCACGUGCAGAUUCUCCCACUGAAAAAACUAUUCGAUUACAUCGUUUCGUCUAGCCUACCCCAAGACGUUACCUACUUCCUAGAAAGGGACAAAAAGGAAAUACACAUAGACCCAUCCGAAAUAACCUACCUUGAAAUUUUUGGCCUAAUAAAAAACACCACCCCAAUACCUAAGCUGAAUUUAAGGAAUAUAAAAAAAAAUAGAACAUACUUUGAAAAGCUAAAAAGAGCCACAGGUUAUUAUGUAACAAAAUUUUCUGCACAGAAUCAGCCCCACAUAAAAAAACAUGCCGAUAGAAGCCAAGUAGAAGAACAGAUUUUCCUAAGUUCGUGGAUCCCAUCACAUUUGAACGAAAUAAAAGAUAUCAGAACAAUUGAAAAGGAUCUGAAACUUUUGAAAAAGGGAAAAUCCAUGGUCAGCAAUUUUAUUUCGACUAAUCAUCACACAGAGCGUUCUAAGCAUGCCCCAAAAAAUAACACCUUCUUGGAGCAUAACAGUUUAGAAGGAGAGAAUCAUUCUGAUGCAGCCACCGGAGCGAAGAACCGUAGAACAAACGGUGAUUGCACAGUACAUGCGCAGAAGGAAGAUUCAAACGACGAGGACAACGGGGAAGGAGACCCUUACGAACAGGGUAAGGAGACCCCUCAAGACGGUGAACAGGAAGUGUUGGAUGAGUUAAGCGAUAAAGGGCCUCCCAAGUCACUUGAAAAAGAGGCGACUUCGAAGAAUUUACUCGAUGCACACAAAUCAGACACAGCCAAUGACGAAAACAAUUUUGUGAACAGCGAACAGGAGGAGGAAGUAAAAUUUAGGGGAAUAAUUCCCGAGGGGGUAACGAGAAAGGAGUGGAGCAAAUUAGUGAAAGAACAAAACAGAGAAAAAAGGAAGCACAAAAUUCCAAAGUACCAGAAAAAAAAGAAGAAAAAUAAAGCCCACUUGAAAAAAAAAUGA